AUGAGUAUCCGCGUCUACAUCGUCCUCGCCCUGGCCACCAGCGCCUUCGCCGGCAUCGUCGGCACUACCGGAUACGGCGUCGGUCUGGCUGCCGCCCCAGCCGUUGCCACCGUUGCCCACGCUGCUCCAGUUGUCACCUAUGCCGCCGCUCCAGUCGUUGCUGCUGCUCCAGCUGUGACCAGGGUUGCUACAACUUACGCAGCUGCCCCAGCUUUCGCCACCGUGGCCCACGCCCCAGUCGCCACCGCUGUUGCUGCCCCAGCCGUCGCCUCCUACGCUGUUGCUCCAGCCGUGACUCGUGUCGCCACCGUUGCUCACGCUGCCCCAGUCACCACCUACGCCGCUGCCCCAGCUGUCGCCACUGUUGCCCACGCCCCAGUCGCCACCGCUGUGGCCGCCCCCGUCGCCACCUACGCCGCUGCUCCAGCCGUCGCCGCUGUCCACGCUGCCCCAGCUGUUGCCACCACCACCGUCCACCACGCCCCAGCUGUCGCCACCGUUGCCCACGCUGCCCCUGUUGUCGGUGCUUACCACGCCGCACCAGUCUACGGCUACGGCGUCGGUACCCUUGGUUACGGCGUUGGCCACUACGGCUACGGCCACGGUCUUCUCGGCUAUGGCCUGAACUACGGCUACGGUCUUGGCUCUCCCUUCGACUACACCAACCUCCUCCGCAGGAAGAAGUAAAUAUCCGCCGUACCGGAAAUUACUACAGUUGCUUUCACAGACGAAACUAUGUGUACAUAUCGCUUCUGCAGCGUGAUUGGAAGAUGAUAUUGCCUGAAAUAAAAGUAAAUUAUUGUCCCAUUU